ACUCUCUUUGUAAAAGAAAAUAACUAUGGAGUAAAAAAACGACCAUAUUAUAUGGUAGUUUACCUCUAAUGUCUAACUUACCAAACUACCACUUACCGCCAUAAUCACCUCAACCUUUCUCUCUGCUUCAUUUCAGUUAUCACCUCAGCAACUCACUCCUCAGCAGCUCUACUGCCAUAACCAACUCUCACCUCAAUCCUCUGUCCACUACUACUUCCUUUCAAUCCAAAAUAAUCUCACACACUCAACUCAAAUUUAGCAAAACCCAGAAAAAAUUUCAAUCAAAAUCUUAGAAUUUUGCCAUUUUUGAGUAAAAUUAAGGGUUUUGGGUUUUAGAAUUUAGAAGCAACUCUCUGAAAAAUCAAUGUUUUAAUUUGUACUUUUACCUUAUCUUCCACUGAAAUUUCUGGGUUUCCCUCCAAUGUUUCUUCAAGCUUUUCUCACUCCUCCUUCCACUCUGUCUCCUCUUUCUCUCUCUUCACCCACCAUUUCUUCUUCUUCUUCUUCUUCUUCUCCGCAUUUCUCAAAACCCCUUUUCCUCCGCCCUUCAAUCUCUCUCCUCCGCCGUAAACCCAUCUCCGCCGCCGGACCCGGACCCGGAAAUUCAUACCCGGACCCGGCUUCCGAUGACCCACCUGAAGCACCCGAAGAUACUGCUCAUGGUGUCUCCAAAUUCAGUCAAAUUCAGCGCCAAGCUGCCCGAGCUCGGAAGUUAGAGGAGGAGGAUUUCGAGAAGAAUCGUUCUGUUUUUCUCGACGCCAUUAAAGAUGUUGAAGAUGCUCCUGAGAAUGAGGAGUAUUCUGCUGGAAACAGUGGUUCUGGGGAUGAUUUGUUUGGCGAAAUCGAUAAGGCAAUUGCCCAGAAGAGGAAGGAGUUUGUGAAGAAAGGGCUGUUGGAGCCUAAUCCACCUAAGAAGAAAGAAGUUGAAGAAGUGGUUGUUGAUGAUGAAUUGGAGGAAGAAGAGGUUGUUGAUUUGGAGGAGAUUGAUGAAUUGCAAGGAUUAAGGGUUGUCGACGAAGGCGAAAAGGAGGGAGAGUUUACUGAUGAAGAUGAUGUUGAUGGUGAUGUUGAGGUAAGUGAAUUGGGUAAGAAUGGUUCUAGUUUGUUUGAUUCUUCAUUUGAUAUUGAUUUUGAUGGUUUUAGUGAUAAUGGUAAGGUUAAUAUUGUGGAACCUAGGUUUAAAAUGACAUUAGCUGAACUUUUAGAUGAGUGUAAAGUAGUGCCUAUUUCUGUUUAUGGAAAUCUAGAGGUUGAAAUUACAGGGAUCGAGCACGAUUCGAGGUUGGUUAAUGCUGGGGAUUUGUAUGUGUGUUGUGUUGGGAGUGUUACUGAAGUUGAUGGGCAUUUGUGUUUGAGUGAGGCUGAUAAAAGGGGUGCUGUUGCUGUUGUUGCUAGCAAGGAGAUUGAUAUUGAGGAGAGUUUUGGUUGUAAGGCAUUGGUGAUUGUGGAGGAUACUGAUGCUGCUCUUCCUGCAUUAGCUGCAGCGUUUUUUAGGUGCCCGACUAAGCAUAUGUCGGUGAUAGGGAUUACGGGUACUCAUGAGAAAACCGCGACUGCUUUUUUGAUAAAGACAAUGUAUGAAGCCAUGGGAUUGAGAACUGGGAUGAUGAGCUCGGUUGCGUAUUAUGUACAUGGUGAUAACAAGUUGGAGUCCCCAGAAGCAAACCCAGAUGCUAUUUUGGUGCAGAAGUUGAUGGCUAAGAUGCUUCACAAUGGGACUGAAGCAGUUGUGAUGGAGGCCUCAUUUAAUGAGCUGGCUCGUGGUCGUUGUGAGGAGGUUGAUUUUGAUAUUGCGGUUUUCACUAAUUUGUCAAGGGAACAUUCGGAUUUUCAAGGGACGGAAGAAGAAUAUAGGCUUGCUCAGGCUAAAUUAUUUUCUAGGAUGGUUGAUCCAGACAGACACAGGAAGAUUGUCAAUGUAGAUGACCCAAAUGCAUCGUUCUAUAUUGCACAAGGGAACCCAAAUGUCCCUGUUUUAACUUUCGCAAUUGAUAAUAAGGAUGCAGACGUUCAUCCUUUGAAAUUUGAACUCUCUCUGUUUGAGACCACUGUUUUGGUUAAUACUCCUCAGGGUAUUUUGGAGAUAUCAUCAGGAUUGCUUGGGAGGCAUAACAUUUAUAGUAUCCUUGCAGCAGUUACUGUAGGGAUUGCAGUUGGGGCCCUGUUGGAAGACAUUGUGAGGGGUAUUGAAGAAGUUGACGCGGUUCCUGGGAGAUGUGAGGUGAUAGAUGAAGAACAGGCGUUUGGGGUGAUUGUGGAUCAUGCCUGUACUCCACCUGCCUUGUCUAGACUUCUGGAUUCGGUUAGGGAGCUCAAACCAAGGAGGAUAAUUACUGUUAUUGGCUCUUGUGGUGAGAAAGAGAGGGGAAAGAGACCCUUGCUGACUAAGAUAGCAACUGAUAAAAGUGAUGUGACUAUGCUGACAUCAGACAAUCCAGGAAGCGAAGAUCCAUUGGAUAUAUUGGACGACAUGUUGGUUGGAGUUGGAUGGACAAUGCAAGAUUACUUGAAAUAUGGGGAGAAUGAUUAUUAUCCUCCUCUACCAAAUGGUCACAGGCUCUUCCUGCAUGAUAUUAGGCGUGUAGCCGUACGUUGUGCAGUUGCGAUGGGGGAGGAAGGUGAUAUGGUGGUAGUUGCUGGUAAGGGCCAUGAAGCAUAUCAAAUUGAAGGUGACAAAAAGGAAUUCUUCGAUGAUAGGGAGGAGUGCAGGGAAGCACUACAGUACGUUGAUGAGCUUCAUCAAGCUGGAAUAGACACAAGUGAAUUUCCAUGGCGGUUACCUGAGAGCCAUUAGUUUACUAGUGUGAUACAAAAUCCGGUAGAGAAAAAUCAGAAUUCCUUUUGGGUUUGUUGAUGGUGCUUGGAAGAGAGCUACCCUUGGAUCAAUUGGGCUAAUAUCGUCAAUGAUUUAUUUCCUCAUCACUAUCAGAUCUUUUUGGAGCUAAUCAAACCCUUGUGUGGAUCUACAUAGGGCCGCAGGAUUUGUGUAUACCUGAGAUUACUGUAAUGCACUCUGCCCAACAGUAACUGUAAGGCAUUUUGCCCUCUAGUACUUAGGCAGUGAUAUGGAAAUACCAAUUUUGAAACUGGAUGACUAUAUAGGUGUCUGUAGUUUGUACAAAGCACAGAUUGUAAUUUUUGCCUUCCUUUGCUGUUAGUUAUUUGCUGUAAUCCCAAAUGUCUCAAAGUGAAAGUAUGUGUUCAAUUGCCUGA